AUGCCGACCAAACGCAUCGCGCAAAUCGUCCAUCUCAAGCCCAGCGCCGUCGUCGCAUACAAAGAAUGCCACGCAAACGUCUGGCCCGAGGUCCUGAAGCAGAUCGAGGAUUGCAACAUAGUUGACUAUUCGAUCUUUUUCGACAACGACAGGACCCUCUUCGCGACAUUUAAAUAUGUAGGAGAGGAUUUCGACGGCGAUAUGCAGCGCAUGAAGGCGAAUCCGAAAGUGAGGGAGUGGUGGGCUUUGACGGAUGGCAUGCAGGAGAGUCCGAUUCCCGGUGCGGUGAACAGUGCUGAGGGGCCUGGGUGGUGGAAGGUUCUGGAUGAGGUGUUUUAUAAGGAGUAG